AUGGUAAGGCCACCAGAAUGGACGAUUGUGGAUCUCGUUUACAGAGGGUAUUGGUGGAAGAAUCCUCGCAUACGAGUACUCAACUUUCUUUUGCUUAUACCUCUCCUCAGUGCAUCUAUGAAUGGUUUCGACUCGUCGUUGGUGAAUGGAUUGCAGAUUUUGCCCGCUUGGCAAACAUACUUCAAGCAUCCGGAUGGAAAGAAACUUGGUCUGAUGUGCGCCGCCCAAGUCAUCGGUUCAAUCGCUGGUCUACCGUUAACCCCCUUCUCGUCGGACAUCUUGGGAAGACGACCAACGUUGCUGAUCGGUUCUGUGGUCAUGCUUGCCGGUGUGGCUCUCCAAAGCGCGUCUAUGUCCAUUGGGAUGUUUAUUGGCGCCAGAGGACUUAUCGGCUUUGGACUAACAUUCUCGCUCAAUGCCUCGCCUCUACUCAUCACGGAGCUGGCAUAUCCUACACAACGCGGGAAACUAACUUCCAUCUUCAACGCGUCAUGGUACGUCGGUAGCAUCAUAUCGGCGUGGACAUGCUUCGGCGCUCUUGAGGGAGCUGUUGGAUCAGCAUGGUCAUGGCGGGUGCCAACUCUCGUCCAGGCUCUCGUGCCCGUCAUACAGCUUUGUCUGGCAUGGUUGGUACCUGAGUCUCCUCGCUUCCUGGUGGCUAGAGGCCGAGAAUCAGAGGCUGCUCGCAUCCUCGCGCGCUUUCAUGCUAUGGAAACCGGUGACCAACGAGACCUGUUGGUUGUGUUUGAGAUGGCGCAGAUACGGCACGCUCUCAAGCUAGAGAAAGAAGCUGCGAAAAGCACCUCAUACAUUACUCUACUGGCCACUCCAGGAAAUAGGAAACGCAUGCUCAUCGUUGUUGCUCUCGCGGUAUUUUCACAAUGGAGCGGCAAUGGUUUAGUUUCCUACUACAUCAACUUGGUCCUGAAAGGCGUGGGCAUUACCAAUGCAGGUACAGAGGCAGCUAUCAACGGUGGCCUGCAAGUUUGGAAUUUGAUUGCCGCCAUGACUGGCGCAUUGCUAGUCGAUCGCCUAGGUCGAAGAGCACUCUUCAUCAUAUCUAACAUCGGCAUGUUGAUUAACUUUGGUAUAUGGACGCUCACUACUGCUCUUUGGGACAUGAGGAACAAUUCUCCGGCUGCGAAAGCAACUAUACCAUUCGUUUUCCUAUUUUACUUUUUCUAUGACAUUGCGUACACCCCGAUGCUCAUCUCGUACACACUGGAAAUUCUACCCUUCAGUAUUCGAGCGAAGGGUUUCGCAGUAAUGAACUUCCUCGUGUCGCUCACUACGGCGUUCAAUCAAUUCGUGAAUCCGUGGGCUCUUGACGCAUUGGGCUGGAAAUAUUAUCUCGUCUACUGCGGCUGGCUCAUCGUCGAGCUCGUCUUCGUCCUUACCUACAUCGUCGAAACCAGAGGUCACACCCUCGAGGAGACAGCUGCGCUCUUUGACGGCGAACAGCAGCCUCAAGAGUUGAUGCAGACUGGCGAAGAAGCGGCGACGAUCAUGUCCAUGGAUAGGGCGCGCGGGGAGUCAGUAUGGCGCGACGCAGGAUGGAGAGGGGCACAAUUGCGUGACAUCGACGAGGUUUCAAGCGACGGAGACUCUGUCGUGGAUUGGCGUAUCGGCGAGAAGAGCGCCCCUGCGAACUUGCUCGAAUUACGGACGAUGAAACCAGGACGAAAGAUCUAUAACCCGUAUCGUAAUAGCGACUGUACUACCAUCUAA